GAAGCGAUGAACCCAACGAGUGUAUGAGACAGAAGAGAACGCAGAGCCGGGUCAGGGAGAAGGAACAUCUGUGUGGCCAAGGUUUCCUCGGUGGCGUGUCAGGCACCGCUGGGGGCAGCCUUGGGGAGAGCUGCAAGACGCAGGGGUCCUCGUGGCCCAAGCUCGUCGCGCUGAUUGGUUGGCUGCCGCGGCCGGAACCCGGAUGUGCCUGUGUGGUCGUGUUGGCAGUCGGGGCUCCGAGGUUUGCGUUCUGGGGGUGCUGGCAGCCCGGGCGGAUGGCGCGGGGUUGGGCUGGCUUCUCUGAGGAGGAGCUGAGGCGACUGAAGCAGAAUAAAGAUCCAUUUGAAGCACAGCGGCGUCUCUCUGCGAAGAAAAGUCGACAACAGCUUCAGCGAGAAAAAGCCCUUCAAGAACAAAGCGAAAAACUUGGACUUCAAGAUGGAUCGACCUCAUUACCUCCAGAGCAGCUGCUUUCAGCCCCAAAACAGAGAUUUAACACUCAAAAGCCACAUUUUUCUCUCCCUACUCCUCCUAGUCCUCUUACGCUCACCUCUCCUGUUGGUGUUGGAAAACCACAGGGUGUUGAAAGUCAACCAAGGGAGCUGGGACUUGAGAAUUCCUAUGACGGUCACAAAAAUGCUGAGGUUCUACCUCCAAAGCCAGAUUGCAAAAUGGAGAAAAAGAAAGUGGAAUUGCACGAAAAAUCUCGUUGGGAAGUCCUCCAACAAGAACAACGGCUAAUGGAAGAGAAAAAUAAACGUAAGAAAGCUCUUUUGGCUAAAGCUAUUGCAGAAAGAUCUAAAAGAACUCAGGCAGAGACCAUUAAACUAAAGCGGGUCCAUAAGGAGUUGCAGGCUUUAGAUGACAUGGUGUCAGCUGACAUUGGAAUCCUCAGGAAUCGGAUUGAUCAAGCCAGUCUAGACUAUUCAAAUGCUCGGAAGCGGUUUGACAGGGCCGAAGCAGAGUAUGUUACAGCAAAACUCGAUCUACAGCGCAAGACUGAUAUUAAAGAGCAGCUCACUGAGCACCUUUGUACCAUCAUACAGCAGAACGAGCUCCGCAAGGCCAGGAAGCUGGAGGAGCUGAUGCAGCAGCUGGACGUACAGGCUGAUGAGGAGACUUUGGAGCUUGAAGUGGAGGUGGAGAGAUUGCUGCAUGAACAAGAAGCAGAAGCAGAGAAACAGAUGGUUCAUGUAGAGAGGCCGUUUGAGCCUUCUGGGGAGAGUGUGCCAUUGGGGUCUGCUCAAGAGAACAAAAAGCAUCAAAAACAAGCUGCCUCCCCAAAGGUAGAUGAACAACGUGAGAAUUCCAACAGCACUCCCCUUCUUACUCCAGACCCCCCAAAUCGAGAAGCAAAAACUACUGUGAAUGACAUUGCAGCUGCUCUGACCUGACCACAUGAAGGGCCAGUAUUUGUUCUUUUCAGCUACUAUGGUAUUCAGUAAAUGAUGCAAACUUCUCUUGUAGAUUAUGCCGUGACCUCUGAUAAAUGCCUCUCUUAAACAAUAUUAAUUUUAGAAUCCGUGAUUAGUUUUAUGUUUGACCACUCUCAGGUCCUAAAGAAUUUAAAUAUAUGGCAUAGUUCACCUUGAUUUUGGUCCAGUUCUUUUAGUGUACCCUUAUUUUGGGUGAAAACAAGUGACUUAAAAGGAUAGAAUUAAAACCACAUGGUUAAGAGUGUUUUUAGACCAGGAAAAUAUAGAAAAGUAAAAUGAAAAAUGAUAAUACCUCAUCAAACUCAUUUAAAUCCUGAGAGAAGUAAUGAGAAUGACAAUCCUGUUUUACAUCAUUAGCAAAGAGACGCAAAACUUAAACGUGAAAAAGAAUAAGAAACAACUAACAAAAGUAGUAGGUUAAAUUAUCUAUUUGGAUCUUUCUAGAGCUGCAAAACAACUUGGAAAUUACAAUUUAUGUAAAGAACCAGACAACUUAAGCCCACAUUACUUUUGUCUUCCAUUUGCCUUUUAAAUGGCUUUGGUUUACAACCAGAGUUUUGGUUAGUUGACACAUACAAAUGUAUCUAUAUAUAAAUAUGCCAUAUAUAAUUUUGCUAUUAAUAUAUUGUCUUUAAUUAGCACGUUGAUUAGUUAAAUUUAGACAAAGCAUUUCUACGGUGAGGCUGAAAUUAAUAUAGAAAAUGUUAUUGCUGCUUUUGAUUAUGAAAAAACAUUUUCUUUCUAAAGUUACCUGUAAAUAUGUGUUUUAUAUGUUGGAUAUAAAUUAUCCUGUCGUAAAGCAUUUAAAUUGUUAAAAUGAUGGUUUUCUUACUCCUUUAAUACUUUAUUACUGUCACUAAUACUUCACCACUACAUUGUAUUAUAUGUGAAUGUGUAAAUAUAGUUUUGUCACAAAAUCUGUGCAUAUCAUUAAUUUCUGAUGUAUCAGGAAUUCCAAACAGUAAAAUCAUACAUUUUAAGUCUAAAAAGAAGAAAUAAAAGAGGAUAAGGAUAAAUGUAAUAUUGUAUCUUUAAUAGUUUCCAAAAAAAUUGGGGACAUCCUAUUUUUAAAUGAGUUUGAGAGUAUUAUUUUCUGGUAAUGGAGAUGAGCUUUUAUUUUUAUAUUAUGUAAUUUGAGUUGAAAUUAUAGCUUUCCAUUACUGACUUCUCUAUACAGAGGCAUUUAUAUAAAUAGUUAUGCUUUUCUUUAUGGAUGACAUAAACUGAAAGCUUCAUUGUCCAAUAUGGUCCUAUUUUUCUAAGGAAUAAAUAAGUCCGAUGCGUUCAUGA